AGUUUUUAACCAUAUAUAAGAUGAUACUAUUAUGUUGUACAACCACUCAAUACUAAUCUACAUAUAUAUGUAUGUAUGUGGUUUUAGACUUAGCGGUCUUUUGUCUCCUCUUUCAUUGAUACUUUCGUUAGAACUUUGAAGGAGUUCUCAAGUCAGACCAACAUGGAAGAACGGUACAUGAUCAAGAACGAUGUUACCGAAUUGAUUGGUAACACACCAAUGGUAUAUCUGAAUAAAAUAGUUGACGGUUGCGUGGCCCUUAUAGCCGCCAAGCUUGAGAUGAUGGAGCCUUGCUCUAGCAUAAAAGACAGAAUCGCAUAUAGUAUGAUCAAAGAUGCAGAAGACAGAGGAUUGAUUACUCCUGGAAAGAGUACAUUGAUUGAGGCAACGGGUGGUAACACUGGGAUUGGUUUAGCCAGCAUAGGGGCUGCAAGAGGCUACAGAGUGAUACUUUUGAUGCCGUCAACGAUGAGCUUAGAGAGGAGAAUCAUUCUGAGAGCAUUAGGUGCAGAGGUUCAUCUCACAGAUCCGAACAUAGGCAUUAAAGGAAUGCUGGAGAAAGCUGAAGAAAUAUUCAGCAAAACUCCUGGUGGUUACAUACCACAUCAAUUUCUAAACCCUGAGAACCCUGAGAUUCAUUACAGAACCACUGGUCCAGAGAUAUGGAGAGAUUCAGCAGGUGAAGUAGAUAUUUUGGUCGCUGGUGCUGGAACUGGUGGAACGGUUAGUGGAACAGGAAGGUUUCUUAAGAAGAUGAACAAAAACAUUAAGGUUUAUGUGGUGGAACCUACAGAAAGUGCAGUACUUAGCGGAGGAGAACCAGGUCCACAUUUGAUCCAGGGGAUUGGUCCUGGUGUCAUUCCAACCAAUUUGGAUUUAAGCAUUGUUGAUGAAGUCAUUCAGGUGACAAGUGAAGAAGCUAUUGAAACAGCCAAGCUUCUUGCCCUCAAAGAAGGAUUGUUGGUGGGAAUAUCGUCAGGAGCUGCAGCAGCCGCUGCAUUAAAGGUUGCUAAACGGCCAGAAAACGCUGGAAAACUCAUUGUGGUGAUUUUUCCCAGUGGAGGAGAGCGUUAUUUAUCAACAGAACUGUUCGAGUCGGUUAGAUAUGAAGCAGAGCAUUUGUCGGUUGAAUGACUGGCAAAUGUGUGAUUCGUUUUGGUUCGAUAAGAGUGUUGGUACGAAAAUACGGUUUGAUUGUUGCAGAACAUUGUAAAAUCUGUAAUAGUUGCAUAUUAGAUGAUGGAUAAUUAUAGCUGUUCUUCAUUGUCUCUUCCCAUGUAAUCCCUGGCCUAAAACUGUUUAAAGAUGAUCCUAAUCUAUGUUAGUAGCUUCA